UCCAGCCCUUCAACACGCUGCUCUCUUACGUCCCGUCCGAGAGCAGUGAGCUGGCCGCGGCGGAGAUUUCUCCUUUGGUCGGAUCUUAUCUUUCUCCAAACCGAGCCCUUUUCUGUGGCUUUUUUUUACGCGCUUGUCACAAACCGGAGCAGUAAAGUCGGCGCGUCGGUGCGCAGUCACCCGCAAAUCGGUUUUCGCCUUUGCGCUGCGCCUCCGUGGCAAUGGAUUGAUUUCAGUGUUUUUUUUUUUUUUUUUCCUCCACCGACCUCUGCCUCGACCAAGUUGAGAAAACACUCUCCCCUAACCUGCGGCUCUCUCUUUCACAGCUACAUGUUUCAUCCGGCUACUUUUAAAACUACCUGGCUCCGGAUGGUUCUGCACAUUUUAGGACUUUGAACUUUUUUUUUUUAUUUCUCCCCCUUGUGCAUUCACAGGAGGUGGCCUUGGAUUGUAAGGAUUUCUUUUUUUUUUUGGAAGCUUCUCCGGGGUUCCUGAAGCCUGCAAAGAUUUAUUUGUGAAAAGUGAUGGCCGAGCGGGGAGCUCUGUCGCUCCUCUCUCUCCUCUGUCUCACCUUUCUCUUCUACACGGAGACCACCGCGGCAAAGCAUGUCGACAAAGGUUCAGCAGCGCAGCCCUUCAGCCCCUUCUGGUUCACAGUGGAGCCCCAGGACACACUGGCCAUCCGGGGCAACUCGGCACUGCUCAACUGCUCUGCCCACAGCGACGUAGCUACGACGGCACGCAUCGAGUGGAAGAAAGACGGCACCUUCAUGAGUCUGGUUUCAGACGAGAGGCGAAACAUACUUCCUGACGGCUCGCUGCUCUUCACCCACGUCGUUCACUCGAAGCACAAUAAGCCAGACGAGGGAACUUAUCAGUGCGUCGCCACUAUCGACAACCUGGGGUCAAUUUCCAGUCGCACAGCCCGUCUCACUGUAGCAGGGAUGCCCAGGUUUGCCAGCCAGCCCACGGCAGCCUCUGCUUAUCUGGGGAGCAGCCAGGUGAUGGCCUGUGAGGUCAACUCUGAUCUGGUGCCUUUCACCCGGUGGGAAAAAGACCGCCUGCCCCUCGAGCUGAGCACCAGACUCCUCCAGCUGCCCAGUGGGGCCCUAGUGAUCAACAACGCCUCAGAGUCCGAUGCAGGCCUAUACCGCUGUCUCGUGGAAAAUGUGGGGUCGUCAAAGGCGAGCGAAGAGGCCCAGCUCCAGAUUCUACCAGAAACUGGAGAAGAGAGGAAGCUGGAGUUCCUGGUGCAGCCUGCCUCUGUGACAAAGGUGCUGGGCGCCAGCGUGCUGCUGCCCUGCGUGGUCACCGGUUACCCUGCGCCGCAAGUCCGAUGGAUGUUUGGAGACAAGCUGGUAGAAGAAAGUGAGGGUCGAGUGGAGCUGCAGGGAGGAGGAAGUCUCCAGAUCUCCAAUCUCACAGAGGAAGAUGCCGGCGUCUACACCUGCAUGGCUGAAAAUGGAAACGCAAGCAUUGAAGCCCAGGCACAGCUCAUUUUACAAGUUCCUCCCCAGUUUGUGAAGCGGCCGGCCAACAUUUAUGCUCACGAGUCCAUGGACAUCAUCUUUGAGUGUGACGUCUCGGGGUCCCCGGCCCCCACUGUCAAAUGGGUGAAGAAUGGAGAUGCUGUAAUCCCCAGUGACUACUUCAAAAUAAUUAAGGAGCACAACUUGCAGGUUCUGGGUCUGGUCAAGUCUGAUGAGGGUUUCUAUCAGUGCCUUGCGGAAAACGAAGCAGGAAACAUCCAGUCCGGUGCCCAGCUGAUCAUCUUAAAUCACGACGUAGCCCUGCCCUCUUCCCUUCCCCCCUCACUGACUCCUAACACUACUGACCAUGUAACGCCAGGCUCCGGAGGUGUAACCGUUCCAGCAGGGCCGAGCCCCUCUGCCCCCAGAGAUGUCGUGGCUUCGUUGGUUUCCACCCGCUUCAUCAAACUGACCUGGCGCCCGCCAGCCGAACCCCACGGAGACGAGUUAACUUACUCUGUUUUCUACAGCCAGGAGGGCACCAGCAGGGAGCGAGUAGUGAACACCAGCCGCCCAGGAGAGAUGCAGGUCACCAUCCAGAACCUCAUGCCCGACACCAAAUAUCGCUUCAGGGUCGUAGCCCAUAACAGCAACGGCCAGGGAGAGAGUUCUGCAGCGCUCAAAGUGGCCACCCAGGCUGAAGUCCAAGUGCCGGGUCCCGCUCCUAACCUGCAGGCGGUGUCCAACACGCCAACCUCCGUCUCUCUGAGCUGGGACAAACCUCUCACUGGCAAUGGCGAGAUCGUCACCUACAAGCUGUACUACACAGACAAGAGCGUCGGCAAUGAACAGGACGUUGACAUAGACAGUCAGUCGUACACCAUGACCGGGCUGAAGAAGAACACCGAGUAUAGUUUACGUGUGGUGGCCAACAACAAGCACGGUCCAGGUGUCUCCACUGACGACGUCGUAGUCCGAACCCUCUCUGAUGUUCCAAGUUCCUCUCCUCAAAACCUCACCGUGGAGGUCCAGAACUCAAAGAGCAUAAUGCUUCGGUGGCAGCCCCCGCCCGUCAGCGGCCAGAACGGGGAGAUCACAGGCUACAAGAUGCGAUACAGGAAAGUAUCCCGGAGGAGCGACGUAACCGAGAUCACAGGAGGCACCCAGCUCUUCAAGCUCAUUGAGGGUCUGGAGCGUGGGACAGAAUACUCCUUUCGGGUGUCGGCCAUGACUGUGAACGGCACAGGACCUGCCACCGACUGGACCACAGCGGAGACGUUUGAGAGCGACCUGGAUGAAUCCCGUGUACCCGACCAGCCCAGCUCUCUGCACGUCCGGCCGCUGGUCAACAGCAUCGUGGUGAGCUGGACGCCGCCGGAGAACCAGGACAUUGUGGUGCGAGGUUACUCCAUCGGCUAUGGCAUCGGCAGUCCUCACGCUCAGACCAUCAAAGUGGACUACAAGCAGCGCUACUUCACCAUCGACAACCUCGACGCCAGCUCCCACUAUGUGAUCACACUGAAGGCCUACAAUAACGUGGGCGAGGGGAUUCCUGUGUAUGAGAGCGCCAUCACCAGACCUCAGUCAGACACCAUAGACCCCGAUGUUGACCUGUACGAACUCUUCCAUGCUCCAUACACCCCAGUACCAGACCCCUCUCCCAUGAUGCCUCCCGUGGGUGUACAGGCCUCCGUGCUGAGCCACGACACCAUCAAGGUAACCUGGGCUGACAACUCGCUACCCAAGAAUCAGAAGAUCACAGACAACCGGUUCUACACAGUGCGCUGGAAGACCAACAUCCCUGCCAACACUAAAGUGAAGAUGGCCAACACCACCAGCCUGAACCACAUGGUGACGGGUCUAAAGCCCAACACGCUCUACGAGUUCUCCGUCAUGGUGACCAAAGGCCGACGCACCAGCACAUGGAGCAUGACUGCGCAGGGAACCACCUUUGAGACCAUCCCCAGCUCCUCCCCGAAAGACGUGACUGUGGUGAGCAAAGAGAACAAACCCCGCACCAUCAUUGUGAACUGGCAGCCUCCGUCUGAGGCCAAUGGAAAGAUCACAGGCUACAUCAUCUAUUACAGCACCGAUGUAAAUGCUGAAGUCCACGACUGGGUUAUUGAGCCCGUCGUGGGAAACCGCCUGACUCAUCAGAUCCAGGAGCUGACUCUGGACACCACCUACUACUUCAAGAUCCAGGCCAGAAAUUCAAAGGGCAUGGGCCCCAUGUCUGAGGCUGUACACUUCCGCACUCCGAAGACUGAGUCCUCUGACAAAAUGGCUAAUGAUCAAGCCUCAAAUCUGCCACCGAAGCCUGGACCUUCAGGCAACCAACAUCCUCAGGACCCUGGAACGGCAGUUGGUAAAUCAGGUGUGGGAGGAAACAGCGAAAAUCACAUCUUGGUCAUUGUCAUCAUCAUCUCAGUGGGGGCCUUCACCAUCAUCGUGGUGGUGGUUGGGGCCUUCCUGUGCACACGGCGCACCACGUCCCAUCAGAAAAAAAAACGUGCCGCUUCAAAGUCUUCAAACGGCUCCCACAAGUACAAGGGCAACUCGAAAGACCUGAAGCCUCCUGAUCUUUGGAUUCAUCAUGAGAGGCUGGAACUCAAGCCCAUGGACAAGUCGCCGGAUCCCAACCCUGUCAUGACUGAAACGCCCAUCCCCCGCACCUCGCAAGACAUCACACCAGCUGACAGCGGCCUGGAGAGAGACCCUCACCUGCAGCAGCGACGCAACUCCUACCGUGGCCACGAAUCAGAGGACAGCAUGUCGACACUAGCAGGCCGGCGGGGGAUGAGGCCUAAAAUGAUGAUGCCUUUUGACGCACAGCCCCCUCAGCCUGUGAUUAGUGCUCAUCCCAUCCAUUCCCUCGAUAACCAUCACCACCAUUAUCACAUGGGCAGCCUGGCAUCGCCGACACGCAGCUACCUCUACCACCAGGGCGGCGGGCACCCACGCCCGCACGCUUGUGCCACCCCCAUCUCCCAUCUAGACAGGGUGGACUCUGAAGAGUCGGUCAGGAACACUCCCAGUUCAGAGCCUGUCCCUCCAGCCACCGCCUCCUCCCAGGUCUCCUGCCCGUCGGAGAUCAUGGUCGACCCUGAGGGAAGCUACCAUGGCUCCACCACCACAGAGGAGGAGCCCAGCUACUCAAGCCAACUGCCCCCCCACCGCUCGGCCCACCCGCACGCCCAUGCACACCCACUCAAGAGCUUUGCUGUACCUGCAAUCCCAGCGGGCAGCCAUCCCACAUAUGAGUCGCCUGCUCUGCCCAGCACGCCACUGCUGGCUCAGACUGGGCCUCCUACUCACCCCCAUGUUGUUAAAACAGCCUCUAUUGGAACAUUAGGAAGGACACGAACACCGAUGAUAGUCACUGUGCCCAACGCCCCCGAUGUCCCAGAGACCAGCAAGAUGUUGGAGGAUGUCGACAGCGUGCUUGCCUCCCUCCCUCCCUGCCCCUCCCCCGCCCCCCGCAGUAACCCUGUUCCUCUCCCUCAGAGCUACGAGCCCGACGAGCUGACCGAGGAGAUGGCCCACCUCGAGGGCCUGAUGAAGGACCUGAACGCCAUCACUACAGCGCCAUGAGCACUCACACACACCUUUACACGCCGACACACCUUUUCUGUCACCAACAUACACACAUACAGAAAGACACACACUCUUACAGUCAAACAAACACAUCCAAACAUAAACCUAGGAGCCAGAGGCUGGCGGACACUAAAUGGCAUCUUGUGCCCAAAUAACUCUCCUCUCCCUUUGCAGAGAAAAAAAAACAAACUCUAGACUGAAACUUAGGAACUUUUUUCGGCUUACCUUGCUCAGUCUCAGGAAGGAGAUUGCCAUGAGAGGAAAGAAAAAGUGACACGCUUCAUCUUCUUGUGAAGAACCGUUCUCAGAGACAAUGAACUUUUAAACAUUGGUCGCUUUUAUCCGGAAGAUUGUGAAUUUAUUCCUCAGCAAAAAUACGUUGCGGUAGGUUUUUUUUAUUCGUUGAAUGCUCACUCGAGACAGUUGAUUCAAUGUCAAGUCAAAAGGAGAAAGUCCAAAAAAAAAAAAAAAAAAAAAGCUGGUUUUUUGAUGUUGGUGCUCAUGCAGCGCAGUCUACACACAGUGUUUGUUUGAUUAGUGUUUUCUUUGUGCAUUUUGUAUAUCUAUUGGGCCGUUUCAGUGAAGUGAACAUUGGAUUUCAGCCCCCUCCUACUUUACAAACCCACAUUAUUCAUCAACCUGUUCUUUGUUUUCUCCCGAUGUGUCGUAUGUUGUGCCAUGACUUUUUAUUAUUUUCUAUGUUAUUGUAUUAUUUUUUUACACACAUAUUCUUAUAAACAUGUACAUAUGUUGUGUGUUCGUUUUUUUUUUUUAAACUGCCUCAUUGUUUUGAUGUUUCCCAUAUUUCAUUAUUAUUAUUAUUAUUUGGGAUGAAAAUGGGAGAACAAGUAAAUCCUGAAGCUGAAGAGGAGAGAGGCCCCGAAGUGUUUCUACAGUACAUUCUUCUCUGGCGUUGUGUUGCCCGCUUUGUACAUUAACACGUCUCCUUUUUCAGCCUUUAGUUUGUUGUGGGAGCUCCAUUUUUGGCCUGUUGGUAAGACCAUGUUGGCCUUACCAACAUGUUUGUAUGUUGGGACGAUUCGACUCUCCGUGGAUGUCGCUCCGAGUCAUGCUGUCAAAUCUCCUCACAGGUCAGGGGUACCCAGGACUCAGGGCGCUGACCCACACCCCUCCUUCGAAGAAAAAAAAAAAACUCACACGGCACCCAGUAAAUCAAUCAAUCACCUGUAACAGACGAGUUAUCUUUUAUACGAGACGUUUGUUGGAAUGUGUGUCGUUUCCAAAAACCAAUAUUUGGUUUCAGACGUCUGUACUGCUGAACCACGUGUGCAUUUUUCCCUCGGUGGAGUGUGUUUGCUGUAUUCAUCAGAUGCCCUGGUUCUUUUACAAAUCUCACACGAUGCAAAGAUGUUGGCCUUUUGAAUGGGACUCCCAGAUUUUUUUUACAUGGUAGUUUUUGUAUGAAGAAGAAAAAAGAAAACAAGAAGCUUGUUCUGUACACAAAUUCAAUGUGAAAAAAAAAAGGAAAAAAAUUCAUCUCUAGUUUUUCAUUACCCUCUUACCCAAAGAAAUUUGUCAUUUACAAUCAUAGUAAUUUGCUCUACUUUUGUGAAUACCAUGUUUCUCGUUAUGUACAUCUUCAUGAAUGUCAAUAUAACUGUAAGAGUUUUAAAUUAUGGAUACAAACAA